ACCCUCGUUGACGCUUCACGCCCCCUUAUUUUAGGAACCUCUAUCUCUCCUCUCCCUCCCACACUUUUAGAUCGAUCGAUCCUUCUCCAAAAAGCUUCUCUCUCAGGGAUCCUCAUCAGAGAAAAGGAUGGGGCUUACAUUCACCAAACUCUUCAGCCGGCUCUUUGCCAAGAAAGAGAUGCGCAUAUUGAUGGUGGGUCUCGAUGCAGCUGGUAAGACAACCAUUUUGUACAAGCUCAAGCUCGGCGAGAUCGUGACAACCAUUCCUACCAUUGGUUUUAAUGUGGAGACUGUUGAGUACAAAAACAUAAGCUUCACAGUGUGGGAUGUGGGAGGUCAGGACAAGAUUCGUCCACUAUGGAGGCACUACUUCCAGAACACCCAGGGUCUUAUCUUUGUGGUUGAUAGCAAUGACAGGGACAGAGUCGUUGAGGCAAGAGAUGAAUUGCAUAGGAUGUUGAAUGAGGAUGAGCUAAGAGACGCUGUUCUCCUUGUAUUUGCCAACAAACAAGAUCUCCCUAAUGCAAUGAAUGCUGCUGAAAUCACUGAUAAGCUCGGCCUCCACUCCCUCCGACAGCGCCACUGGUACAUCCAGAGCACCUGUGCCACCUCUGGGGAAGGACUUUAUGAGGGGUUGGACUGGCUCUCCAACAACAUUGCAAACAAGGCGUAAGGUGAUGAUUGGAUUGUACUUUGAGGGUGGGGGUACUGGAGGCAAGUUUUGCUUUAUAUUUGGUCAAGCCACUUUCCUGUUCUCGUUCUUCUAUGGCUGAGGUUCGAGUGGUUAUGGAACUUUGUUCGUUAAGAAGGCUUUUUGCAUUUGAUAUAGGUCAUGUAUGAUACAAUAUUUGGUUGGGUUUGCAAGUAUUUUUAAAGGUAUAUGUCUUCUUGUUUGUAGGUUUUGAUUCAUAUAACCUAAUGUUUCAAGUGAGAUUAAUGUUGUUUGUUUAUAUGCUUUUUAAGAA